GGCGGCUCGGUGUCCGUGCUGAGCGGUAGCGGCAGUGACGCAGCUGCCAUCAGCGGUGACGCGAUCCUGGGGUCAUCCGCUCCUGGUGCGAGCGGAGCCAGUGGGUCCGUCGAGGUGAGUAGUGGCGCUACCACGGGAGGCGUGUCCGGCGAUGUGACGCUGGGCAGCGGAGCUUCGACCGGGAGCGACUCGGGCUCCGUGACGGUGGCUGGCGGCUCGAGCGACGCGGUGAGCGGCGGCUCUGUGUCGGUGCUCGGCGGAAGCAGCAGCGGCUCGUCAGCUGGUGGCGCGGUAUCGCUGUUGAGUGGCGCGGCCAGUGCGAGCAGCGGCGUCGUUACGGUGUCGAGCGCGGCUGCCACAGGCUCGAGCGUGAGCGGUGACGUGGGCGUCAGCACUGGCGAUGCCGACUCCGGCGCGUCGGGAUUGUUGUCAGUUGCGUCUGGCGGCAGCGCGAGCGGGUCGAGCGGGUCUGUGGUCGUGUCGAGCGGUGUUUCAGACUCGUCGGACGCAGGCAGCGUGCAGAUUCGCGGCGGGGCGACUGGAAGCACGAGCGCGCGCGGGGGCUCUGUGUUCGUGUCGUCCGGCGAGGACGGCGCGGUGAGCUUGUCGAGCGGUGUUCGUCGCAGUGCUGCCGGCGGCACGGUCGAAGUUGUUGCCGGCGAUAGUACGGAUAGCACUACGGGUGGCGGCUCGGUGAGUGUGCGCGGCGGAUCUCUGACGGCGUCAUCUGGUGUUGCUGGAGGCGUCGCCUUAACUGGCGGUGUCGGUUCGUCUAGCGCUGCGACCGGAGGCGGCAUCGUUCUGGCCGGCGGCGCAAGCGAUGCUGGCGCAGGGGGUGUCGUGGACAUUGCUUCGGGUGCGGGUUUGCUGGGCAGCGGCGACGUGAGCGUGACGAGCGGUGCUUCUGCGAGCGGAGACGCAUUGAGCGGUUCUGCGACGAUCGGGAGCGGCGCGUCGGUGGAUGCAGCGUCGGGCGUGGUGACGCUGUCUUCCGGUUCUUCGGGGUCGGGUAGCAGCGGCGACGUGUCCGUGCAGUCUGGCGAGGCGUCUACCACAGCAGGCAGUGUGUUUGUGUCGGGCGGUUCUAGCAGCUCGUCGACGGGCGGCGCGGUGUCGGUGUCUAGCGGCACUGGCAGUGUCUCGAGCGGCGUUGUGUCGGUCGGAAGCGGCAUUGCUAGCGGUACGUCUGCGUCUGGUGGUGUGUCGGUCGUGUCUGGCUCUGCGGUGGACGGCGCAUCUGGUGCUGUUAAUGUGGCCAGCGGAUCUAGUAGUACGGGGUCCGGUGGUUUGCUGAGCGUGGCGGGCGGUUCCAGCGGCGCGGCAGAGUCGGGAGGAAGUGUUCUCGUGACUGGCGGCGAUUCGGAGACGGGUUCGUCCGGUUCCGUGGACGUGAGCGGCGGAACUUCCUCAUCCAGUGGAUCUGGCGGCGCGGUUAGCGUUUCCGGCGGGUCGUCUUCUAGCGGCAUCGGUGGGGACGUGACUGUGUCGAGUGGCGCCUCUGGCAGCUCCGCUGGUGGCAGCGGUGUGUUCGUCCGUAGCGGUUCUGGCGGCAGCCUGAGCCUCGUCCAGGGCGACAGUGGUGCUGUCGGCGGCGAUGUGGAGUUGCGUGGCGGCAGCGUGGACAGCGCGACCGCGGCGCAGACGGUGAGGAUUGUCGGAUCAGCGAACGCUCAAGGCGCGGGUGGCGACGUGUCGAUCGACGGCGGGUCGUCCGCGGCGACAGUGGGCGGCUCGGUGUUGCUGACGAGCGGCGGCGGUGCCGAGAGCAGUGGCGGCGUGAUUGUUUCAACGAGCGUCGUGUCCGGUGGCUCGAGUGGCGCCGUCGACGUGCGCAGCAGCGCUAGCAGCGUGUCUAGCGGGUCUGUCCGCAUUGGAAGCGGGUCUGGAGACGCUAGUGCAGGGUCCGUCGAGGUGGCUGGUGGCUCGUCCGCUACGGGUGAGGGCUCCAGCGUAUCUGUGUUGGGCGGCGCGUCGGAUUCGUCGGCGGGCGGCAGCGUGACGAUCCUGAGCGGUGAAAGUGCUUCGACGGUGAGCGGCGCAGUGACGCUCGGGUCGGGCAGCGGUGCGGCUUCCGUGAGCAGUGGCGCGGUGUCGUUGACGAGUGGGUCGGUCGAGGCCGGUUCGUCAGGCGCUGUGUCGAUCGGAUCUGGUGCGUCGUCGACGCAGUCGAGCGGGUCAGUGAGCGUGUCUGGCGGCGAGGCUGCAGGUGCUGGCGGGUCGGUUAGCGUGUCCGGCGGUAUCAGUUCGGGCGACUUGGGCGGCUCGUUGGGUUUGGCCGGUGGUGCUGGCGCGACGGGCGGUGACGUGACGGUGUCUGGCGGCGCAAGCGCGUCGGGCAACGGCGCGUCGCUGGCGUUGCUCAGCGGAGAAGGCCCAAGCAGCAGCGGCGAGGCGCGACUGGCUAGCGCAUCCGGCGCAGCGUCGGGCGGUGUACGGAUUUCGUCCGGCUCGGCAUCUGGGUCCGGCAGUACGGACUCUGCUGGCAGCAUUAGCGUGUCGGUGGGGUCGUCUGUCGUUGACGGCGGCGCCGUGGACGUGCGCGGCGGUUCGAGCGAUCAAGCUGCGGCAGGCGAUGUUGUGUUGGUGGGCGGCUCGUCACUGUCGACAGCGUCUUCGACUGGAGUCGUGGCUGGCGCCGUUCGGCUGGAGGGCGGCAGCUCUGCCGGAGACAGUGCCGGCGGCCAUGCAUUCGUGUCGGGCGGUACCGGUGUCGUGGAGGGCGGCUCGGUGUCCGUGCUGAGCGGUAGUGGCAGUGACGCAGCUGCCAUCAGCGGUGACGCGAUCCUGGGGUCAUCCGCUCCUGGUGCGAGCGGAGCCAGUGGGUCCGUCGAGGUGAGUAGUGGCGCUACCACGGGAGGCUUGUCCGGCGAUGUGACGCUGGGCAGCGGAGCUUCGACCGGGAGCGACUCGGGCUCCGUGACGGUGGCUGGCGGCUCGAGCGACGCGGCGAGCGGCGGCUCUGUGUCGGUGCUCGGCGGAAGCAGCAGUGGUUCGUCAGCUGGUGGCGCGGUAUCGCUGUUGAGCGGCGCGGCCAGUGCGAGCAGCGGCGUCGUUACGGUGUCGAGCGCGGCUGCCACAGGCUCGAGCGUGAGCGGUGACGUGGGCGUCAGCACUGGCGAUGCCGACUCCGGCGCGUCGGGAUUGUUGUCAGUUGCGUCUGGCGGCAGCGCGAGCGGGUCGAGCGGGUCUGUGGUCGUGUCGAGCGGUGUUUCAGACUCGUCGGACGCAGGCAGCGUGCAGAUUCGCGGCGGGCCGACUGGAAGCACGAGCGCGCGCGGGGGCUCUGUGUUCGUGUCGUCCGGCGAGGACGGCGCGGUGAGCUUGUCGAGCGGUGUUCGUCGCAGUGCUGCCGGCGGCACGGUCGAAGUUGUUGCCGGCGAUAGUACGGAUAGCACUACGGGUGGCGGCUCGGUGAGUGUGCGCGGCGGAUCUCUGACGGCGUCAUCUGGUGUUGCUGGAGGCGUCGCCUUAACUGGCGGUGUCGGUUCGUCUAGCGCUGCGACCGGAGGCGGCAUCGUUCUGGCCGGCGGCGCAAGCGAUGCUGGCGCAGGUGGUGUCGUGGACAUUGCUUCGGGUGCGGGUUUGCUGGGCAGCGGCGACGUGAGCGUGACGAGCGGUGCUUCUGCGAGCGGAGACGUCUUGAGCGGUUCUGCGACGAUCGGGAGCGGCGCGUCGGUGGAUGCAGCGUCGGGCGUGGUGACGCUGUCUUCCGGUUCUUCGGGGUCGGGUAGCAGCGGCGACGUGUCCGUGCAGUCUGGCGAGGCGUCUACCACAGCAGGCAGUGUGUUUGUGUCGGGCGGUUCUAGCAGUUCGUCGACGGGCGGCGCGGUGUCGGUGUCUAGCGGCACUGGCAGUGUCUCGAGCGGCGUUGUGUCGGUCGGAAGCGGCAUUGCUAGCGGUACGUCUGCGUCUGGUGGUGUGUCGGUCGUGUCUGGCUCUGCGGUGGACGGCGCAUCUGGUGCUGUUAAUGUGGCCAGCGGAUCUAGUACAACGGGGUCCGGUGGUUUGCUGAGCGUGGCGGGCGGUUCCAGCGGCACGGCAGAGUCGGGAGGAAGUGUUCUCGUGACUGGCGGCGAUUCGCAGAUGGGUUUGUCCGGUUCCGUGGACGUGAGCGGCGGAACUUCCUCAUCCAGUGGAUCUGGCGGCGCGGUUAGCGUUUCCGGCGGGUCGUCUUCUAGCGGCAUCGGUGGGGACGUGACUGUGUCGAGUGGCGCCUCUGGCAGCUCCGCUGGUGGCAGCGGUGUGUUCGUCCGUAGCGGUUCUGGCGGCAGCCUGAGCCUCGUCCAGGGCGACAGCAGUGCUGUCGGCGGCGAUGUGGAGUUGCGUGGCGGCAGCGUGGACAGCGCGACCGCGGCGCAGACGGUGAGGAUUGUCGGAUCAGCGAACGCUCAAGGCGCGGGUGGCGACGUGUCGAUCGACGGCGGGUCGUCCGCGGCGACAGUGGGCGGCUCGGUGUUGCUGACGAGCGGCGGCGGUGCCGAGAGCAGUGGCGGCGUGAUUGUUUCAACGAGCGUCGUGUCCGGUGGCUCGAGUGGCGCCGUCGACGUGCGCAGCAGCGCUAGCAGCGUGUCUAGCGGGUCUGUCCGCAUUGGAAGCGGGUCUGGAGACGCAAGUGCAG